AUGGCAGAAGCAGAAGCUGAAAAGGCAAUGAAAAGACUUGUCGAUGAUGCGUCCCAAUUAAAGUACAUUCCAUCUGUGACUCUAAAAGUUUACCUCCGUUCAGCAAAUUCCUUAUUAUUGCAGGCCAACCGCUAUAAGGAAGAAAAUGAUAUAGUGAACGCGUAUAAAUUUUACAUGAGAUAUGCCACGCUAGCACUCGAAAAAUUACCGCAACACCAAGAUUAUAAGAAACCUGAAUACAAAGAAGGGAGAUUAGAGCUUGCUAAAAAAACUAAUAUAGUUCUUGAAGAAAUACAAGAAUUAAAACCCAUAUUAAAACGACACUUUUUACAAAUUGCUGAAGCGGCAGCAGCCGAAGAGGAAGCACGACGUUUGAGUUCACAAGUUGGACACCUAAGUCAGACUUCGCGGGAAAUUCCUACGUCGAACGCUCCAAUCGCUGAGUGGAAUCACGCCGCACAAUUUGAAAUUCCUAUUCCGAAUAAUGAGUGGAAUCUUGCCGAGCAAUUAAAAGAUCUGCAUCUCAAUACCUCCUCCAGAGCAACGUACGAUACUACUUGA